UACGGGCGCUCGAGCCCGGGCCAGUCAUAACAGAGGUGGGAAGCACAGAGGUAGGAGCUCGUACCGUGCCGACUGGAACACUUCCUCGGGGCAGCUGCAGCGUAAGCCCGCAGGCCGUCACCGCUAGCUCCGGUGUCUCACCCCGUGUGGACUUGACCGUUUCUAUCCGGAACUUUUGCGUCGGGAUUUUUAAUUGCAGACGGGAUUUCUCGCAUGGCCUUUUCUCUAAAGCGGACCUAACUUCAUUUGUGUCGGACCGUUCUGCUUCUAUUGACUACCCAGCGACUUUUGUGUGAGUGUGCUGGCUAGGAGCAGACCGUUUUGCCGUGUGAGGAAAUUUUCCCAACGGGACUCUUUGUGACUUUUAGCCGCUGACUUGGCAAAUCUGAGGAGCAUUCUCACCACCAUGGGUGACAUCAACCUUGUCGUCGUCGGCAGUGAAAACGUCGGAAAAAGCGCUUUGACAGUCCGCUUUCUGACCAGGAGAUAUAUCGGAGAGUAUCAGUCUGAUACAGAUAUUGUGUACAGACACCAGACCAUGAUUGAUGGAGAGCAAACCAACAUAGAGAUCCUGGACGUCAGCACUGGAAAGGGUGGCGAUUCGUUGCUGACAGACAAGCAGAUACGGUGGGCGGACGGUUACGUCAUCGUGUACAGCAUCUGUGACCGGGGCAGUUUCAACCGGCUCCGGGACGUCAUCCGGGACAUUCGCGACAUCCGGGCAUCCGAGAACCACCACCAUCACGGCCACCAUUACAAUCACUACUCCAUGGUCAUCAUCGGUAACAAAUCGGACUUAGAACACCGCAGAACUGUGUCUACUGAGGAAGGAAAAGCGCUAGCCGCUACCUUAGAGUGUCCCUUCGCAGAAGUUUCGGCCGCGGACAGUUACCACGAUGUUGCAAGGACAGUUCAAGGACUUUUGAGGAGCGUACACGACACCAAGGUCAUGUUGAAGAAGAGAAGAAAUAGCCAGAAGUUCGCCACCGUUGCCAAGGCACUAACGGGAAUGUUCGGAGGAAAGAAGACCACAAGAAAACGACGCUCCUUGUAAAAAAAAACAACAGAGACACAGACCAGAACUGUUAUGUCUAAAAAGCGUCACUAUAAAAUGUAUAUCAGAAGUAUCUAGCAUGUUGUCGUAAUGCAUGUUGUCCUAAGAGAAAUGCACAAAGUGAUAUGUAAAUAUGUUAAUGUUAUUUAUGACGUUUCAGUGUUUUUUUCACCGCCUCGCAAAGUUACAUUAUACCACUCAUUGCACUGUUGGAAUAACUACACAAAUAUAAACUGUUAGCUAAGGCCUAUCGGAAAGUAUAACGACUGUAUCUCUUCCCUUUCGAAGAAAAACGAAUUUUACUCAGUUUCCCAAUGUUCAAAUGGAGCCAUACAGAAGAAACAAGUGUGAAAAUUGUCCAAAUUUAUGAAAGAAAUUUUCGGGGAACAUCGUUUCAGCGACUAGCUUGAGCAGUGUUCUAAACCCGAUAUUUUUUUGUUGUCGUCCCCAAAUGGCAUGAAAUUAUAUAACUAAGAGAAUGAAUAUAUUUUGUAGAUCGUUACGGGGCUCAAAGAAAGGUCCCUUCUAUUUGAAUGUAAAUAUUCCGCGGCGUGAGCUGUAGGCAAAAUACACAGUCCUCAAACCGGUCGCUAAACAAAGGAUCUCUUCUAUUUUGUAUGCCCUUCGCUAUGCCAUGUUGCUUCUUGACCUUUUUCUCUGAACAUAAUCGGCUUUUCUCGCUCACAUUUGUUUAGAAACCUUCCCACUUCCCACCCCUCUACAAAAAGGGUAGAUCACUCCAGACUGUAAAAACAGUUUUGUGAAAGCUAUUCCAAUGUUAAAUCCUUUGUACCGAAGGAAAAUAAACGCAUGUUUUCUUGUUUA